AUGGCUACUACUGCUGAAAGACGAUCAGAGGUUCUGAGCCCAAGGUUUGCCUGGGCUAUUCUAAGUGAAUUUGUAGCCACUGCAAUCUUUCUUUGUAUUGCCUUGGGCUCAUCCUUCAACUGGCCUUUGGAGCAGCCUAGCGUCCUCCAGAUCUCUUUGGCUUUUGGACUAACCAUCACAACCUUGGUUCAUAUAUUUGGUCAUAUCAGUGGUGCGCAUAUGAACCCAGUUGUCAGCCUUGCCUACUUUGUCGGGAACCAGAUCUCCAUCAUCCGCUUCGUAUUUUAUGUGAUCCUACAGCUGCUGGGAGCUCUUGCUGGUGCAGGAAUCAUCUAUGCGGUGACACCCAUAGACAUCCGCAGAACGCUAUUCUCCAAUGAUGUCUCCAAAGACAUAUCCUCAGGUCAAGCCCUUGUGGUGGAGAUCAUUCUCACCUUUUCUGUGGUUAUGUGCAUCUUUUCUGUUACUGAUAAGCGCAGGUGUGAGAGCAGGGGCAAUUCGGCAUUGUCUAUCGGCUUGGCUGUCUCCAUGGCUCACCUUGUUGGGAUUUAUUAUACUGGCUGCUCCAUAAAUCCAGCAAGAUCCUUUGCCCCUGCUGUCAUACUGGGAACAUUCAGUCAGUGUCACUGGGUCUUCUGGAUGGGACCUACCGUAGGCGCUCUCUUGGCUGCUGUAGUUUACAACUAUAUUCUACUCCCCCAGAGACUGAGCAGGGAGGAGAGACUGGCUAUUUUUAAAGGUUACUGUGUUCCUGAAGGAGAUCUGCAAUACCCACCAAGAAAUAGGAAUGAAACACAGUGGGAAAAUGAGAGGACUGACCUGGAGUGCAUUAAUGGGAUCUGGAUGGUCAUGGAGAUUGGGGUUUCCCCUUUCAGAGAUGUGCCUAUCUUGGUUUUGGGUACAGCAUCAGGCAGGAACUUGGGUGGAGCAGCUAUUUGGGAUAUACCACUGAUGCCUAAGGAGGAUUUCCAGAAGGAGCUUGGGGUUGUUCCUGAAGGUCUGAUGCACAGACCAACCAAGGCCGUCAUCACCACUUGGAAUGAGAGGGCAGAGAAAGUAGAGAAGGUGGUCACACUGCAAUUUCAGAGAAACCUGGAGGAAACAGAUUAA